CGAAUUAAUUGGAUCUCUGCACUCACAUUGGCACAGCUCAGGCUGCCUUCAGUGAUCUCCCCAACGAAGUCUCACUCGUCACAGUACCGAUAACGACUAAUUUCAUCUGGGGCAGCUGCUUACAGCUUCGUGGCACACAGUCAGUUUCAGGAUGCCAUACUACCCUAUCGAUGGCGUGGAACCUCUACGAGAGUAUGUUUAUGGCGAAUAGCAUCCAGUCGUACCUGAUUGCGUUUUGUCAGAUCGCUACCGGAUAGUACAUAAGCUUGGAUAUGGGGGCUUCUCGGUAAUAUGGUUAUGCAGAGAUCAAAUGGACAGCCGAUACGUCGCGAUGAAAAUUGGUAAAUCACGAUCAAUCGAUAAAUCUCCUCGCGAAGUCGAAGCUCUACGCACACUGGGUACCAGCAAGAUGGUACCUGAAGUCUUCGACGUCUUCGAUGUCGAAGGACAGAAUGGCAUUCAUGCUUGUUACACAAUGUCUGUAGCCGAAGGCGAUCUCGCAUGGGCUAAGAACGACAAUUGUUUCUCCCUCUGAGUCGCCCGAGCAUUAUCUGCAAAGCUCGCGCAAAUCAUUUCUGCAAUGCACUUGCGUGGCUACUGCCAAGGUGG